CGUCACUCACGCCGACUGCCGUAAAACACCCAAAAGACAGGCGAGGAGAUAAAAAGGAGAAGGAAAGUUGAGAUCAUGCGCUCGGACUGACGCGCGGCUGAAGCAGCAGCAGCAGCAGCAGCGAUGGGAGCUUCACAGACCCGCUCCGACAACAGGUACCAGGACCUGAUGGACAAAACUGGAUUUUCAUUGGAGCAGAUCAAAAACCUCCACAAACGUUUUCUGCACCUGAGUGGAAAUGAAGAGACCAUAAGUCGAGAAAACUUGGAAUCGAUAUCUGCCCUGUCCAACAACCCCCUCAGAAAACAGAUUAUUGAUGCGUUCUUUGACAAAAGGAACCAGCGCGACGACAAGGCUGGGUUCUUCCAUGAGAUCGGUUUCGAACAGUUCCUUAUGGUCAUGUCUCACUUCCGCCCCCCCAACCUGAAGACCACAGCGGAGGAGAAGGAAGCCAUGAGAAAGGAAAAGCUCCGCUUCUUGUUCAACAUGCAUGACACGGACAACGACGGUAUCAUCACUUUGACGGAGUACAGAAAGGUCGUGGAAGAGCUUCUGUCCAAGAGCGGAGCCAUCGGACUGGAGGCUGCCAAGGCCAUAGCAGAUGCAGCCAUGUUGGAGGUGGCGAGCACAAACGUGCCACACAUGGCUCCAGAGGACUUUUAUGAAGGAAUUACGUUUGAGCAUUUCGAGCAGAUUUUGAAGGGGCUGGAGAUGGAGUCCAGGAUGCACAUUCGCUUCUUGGAUGUAGACACAACAACAAUGCGUUGUGGGAAAGCGACCAUGUGAAGGAAAACAUUUAUAUACAGUAACUCACUUUUUUUUUUUUUAAAGUGGAACCACUUCACUCUUUACCCUGAGAGAAGCCAAAAACUUUUGAAAUAUUUUUAGAUUACGUUUUUUCCUGUAGACCAUUAAUGUUAAAAAAAAACCCUCCAUCUUUGGUCAUAAGUCACUGUGUAAAAAUGGGAUUUAUUUCAACAUAAUUCAUAUAUUAAGUGAAAUAAAUCAUAUGCUCAAUAACAAUUGUGAUAUAUUUGAAUUUGUUUUGCCAUAGAGUUGUCUUUUUAAUAACAUGAAUCAGUCUUUAUAAUUUAAACUAACUACCUCUUCAGUAAAGGAAUCAUCUUUGAGACACAAUGACGUUUUGUGAAGUUAAAUACCUUUUCAGCACUAAAAAAACUUUAUAUGUAAAGAAUGAGAUUAUGAUCUUUUUAUGUUUGUGAUUUCAA